CGUGUUUUGGCGCAAAUCAACAGACACCUCAUGACUUAGCUCGUGAGUGUGAACGAUUCGAGUUUCCUAAACAUCCCGGCAGCCGAAGAGUGACGUCCACGUCCAAGCCCAAGCUCAGACAGGUCGAACUAAACGGUCAAGCAAACGCGGAAACCUCCCUCAACCACGAACCUCAACAAUGUCCGGAAAUCCCCGAAAAGACAACAAAAUCAUGGGGCCGAAGAUGACGCUGAUCUGACUGUACUAUGCCAAUUGAGAGGCGUAGGUGUCGCUUUGUCGGAGACAUGGCGUUCAGAAUGCGGUCGGACGGAGCACAUGCUCAAGAUCCGCGAAAUUAUAUACUGGGUAUGUUCUCUUGUGCUAUCAUGACUGCACUCAGAUGCGAUGGCCGCAAAUCCAGUCAAUCGGUAUGCUCUGACUUUUUCUUUCAGAGCUACGAGCAGACGAACGAGCUCCAACUCAAGACCUUCGCUGCUUGAUUGGGCGAGCUCGAGGCCACACGCUUCGGUGAGAUACUUUACGGCCGACGAAGAUUAUCCAGUUCCCAAGCAUACUACCACGAUCAAUGCCGUAGAAGACUUAAGGCUAGAGCAGAAGAGGUCCAUCUCUACUGCAGAGUUGGACAAGUAUCGAGACACUCGUGAACGCAUAGUCAUUCUGGGCUCGGGAUGGGCGGGCUACACUCUGUCAAGAGAAAUAGACCACAAGAAAUACCAAGUAGUAAUUGUUAGCCCCCGAUCGUACUUUGUUUUCACGCCUCUGCUCGCAUCGACAUCGGUCGGCACUCUUGAGUUUCGCACAGCAGUUGAGCCAAUACGUAGCCGAAGAAAUCAAACAUCCUUCAUACAAGGCUGGGCUGAAGAUGUGGACUUGUUCAAUAAGACCGUGACCAUAGAGGAAGCGGUUUCCGAUCCUCGGCAAGGUCUGGCACAGACAGCUGCGAGAGAUGCUGGCAAAAACGCAGAGCAGCUUCAGACAGAAACGGAACACAAGAUACGAUCUGGACAAAUGUUUGAUUUGAAGUACGACAAGCUCAUAAUCGCUGUUGGCUGCUACAAUCAGACCUACAACAUCAAGGGCGUGAAAGAGCAUGCGAACUUCUUAAAGGACGUGGGCGACGCCCGUGCGAUUCGAAAACGUUUACUGGAAUGCUUCGAGACCGCAGCAUUGCCCACAACUCCGGACGAUGUUCGACGGCAGAUUCUACACUUCGCCGUCGUCGGCGGAGGGCCGACUGGCAUUGAAUUCGCUGCGGAGCUGCACGACCUGAUUCACGAGGACAUGAAGAGAAUCUACCCUGGACUUGUACGAUUCACCAGAAUUACCAUUUACGACGUCUCACCGAACGUUCUGUCACAGUUUGAUGGUAAACUUGCAUCGUUUGCAGCUGAGCACUUCGCUAGACGAGGCAUCGAAAUUAAGACGUCCCGCGCCAUUCAAGAAUUAUCUCCCGGCCUACCGUUUGUGGAUGGCAACCUGCGAUCUAGUAGACUGGGAUUCACGCUCAAGGUCAAGGGUGAAAUCGAUGAGGGCGUAGGCAUGUGUAUAUGGUCGACAGGCCUUAUGAUGAACCCCUUUAUCCAGAAGGCACUGAGUACAAUUCGUCGAUUUCCACCGAACGAGGUCAUCUUCAAAGAUAAAGUUGAGGAUGCUUUGCAACUACAGUGGCAUAUCAUGCAGGAUCCAAAGACUGGCGCCAUUGUUACGAACGACAGAUUGCGUGUCCUGAUCACACCUGAUGGACCUCACGGACCCAUGAAAGCACAUCUACGAGACGUGUUUGCCAUUGGGGACUGUUCAGUCAUCGAGGGCAAGCUGUAUCCAGCCACAGCGCAAGUCGCAAACCAGAAGGCUCGAUGGCUUGCAAAAAGGCUGAACAAAAAUGACCUCUACGGUGAAACCUCUCGAUUCAGAUUUCGCAACCUGGGCAUCAUGGCUUAUCUUGGCAGUGCAAAGGCGAUAUUCGAGGGUGGAAAAGGUGUGGGCAACAUUUCUGGCCGGACCGCGUGGUUGAUAUGGAGGGUAAUGCAAAUGGUUCGAACUAGAUCAUUGGGAACUAACACAUUUAAAGGGCGCCUAUCUGGCAAAGAGUAUUUCAUGGCGUAAUCGCUUGCUGAUCCCGACAUACUGGUUUCUAAACUGGGCUUUCGGCCGCGAUAUAUCACGAUUUUAGAACAAGAGUGCAAUCAGUCUGGUUGCACGUGAUGCUGGUUGCAAGUAAGAGGGCUCUUGGCACAUGUUCAAUCGGAAUAUUUCGGAGAUGUCGAAGCCAUCACGUAGUCUCUUGUCCACUCUGAUAAAGGAAUUCCUCCUUGCAGAAUCAAAGAAUAUCUGGACCUCAUACGGCCGAACUUUCUUUAGUGGUGAAGCCUCCUGCCGAGGUCCGAAUUUAAAAGAGUCGAUGCUUCUUUUAUGUCAGCUAUGUCAUUCCCUUCAGGAAUUAAGUCUAGCCUUCAACAUACAAGGACGUUGUAAAACAAAUACGAUGCCCUUGAGUGGAUGUUUGGAAUUUUUUCAGACUUCCUAUAUGCAUACAUUGCCAGUUCGUCUUCUCUUAGAGGGAGUGCAAAUUAAAGAAGCGAAUAUACAACGGCAUUUUGCUGCGUGAUCCAACGAAGAAAUCCCAGAGUACAAGCUUUGGCAAAUUGCCCCCAAACCAAGCGCCACACCCCCUUCAUUAGGCCCUUGCUCUCUCCUCGUUCAAAGGAUUGAAUCUUAAUAUCCUUGCUUGUACGGACAAACUCCAGACGGGACAGUGAAAAUGAGAAGUGAUGAUCAUGAGGUUCCAAACCUCGACAUUGGCAUUCACAAGAGCCUCUUU